CUAUCUCUGGCACGUGUGAAAGCGAAAGUGUAAACAAAUAUUCUACAACUAUAGGUAGGUCCAUGAAGUAUUAUUAAUACUACUAUUACCAUUAUUUGUCUGCAUCCAAAGGGAUUAACUCUAAAGCUACGAUUGCUUGUUUUAAAUAAAACUGUGGUAUGAAAACUAUUAAUUAUUUCUUACCGCAUUUCGUAUUUUCUCAUGUAAACAUCACUUAAAAUUACGUAUAUUCUUUAUUAAUAAUUAAUUAAAUACAUGCAAUAAAUGAGUAAUGUUAAUUCUGCAUUAUACAGCUUCCCCCCCCCCCUUUUUAUUUGAUGUCUAAAACAUCCCCCAACUAAAGUUACAUUUUAAGAUACUCCCAUCCCAUAGCCCCAUUUGUUUUAGUUGUUGGUUUUUUUUCACCCUUGGCCAGAUUUUUAAAUUUUAAUCACCUAUAAGUUUAUAAGUAUGAGUAUGCUAAACGAUAGCUAACAUCUAAAUUGAUGGACCUGUAAAAACACAUGACUAAACAUUUGUGACAAUGCAGAAAUAAGGGGUGGGGGAAAUCGGCCAUGAUAGCGUUGGGUCAUUUAUUGAUAGUCAUCUCAAAAUGCUAAGCGUGUUUACGUUGUCCAUAAUUGGUCAGCUCUAAUUUGAGCACCCCUCCCCUUUUUCGUAUGCCCUUGCGCUCAAGUUGACUGAUUUGCGCUGAGUAAAAUGAGGGAAGACUGACUCGCUUUGGGGUAUUACUGGUAGUGGGAUCACUUUGUUUAAAAUAGAAGGACAGCCAAGAUCAACAAAAAUUCAAACUGUUGAUCCAACGGAAAUUUUAAAUGAUGCAACUCUGCGUACUGAGAUUUGGUUUAUACUUGCACUCUGUGAGGUGACAAAAUAACGUCAAUACAACUAGGGAAUUUCUUGCAAGGCGCUCUCCUUUGUGAGGGAACAGAUAACGUCCAUACAACUUUCGUGCAAUUUCUUGAAAUUUUUUUUCCUUUCAAGAUUCAAAUUUACUUUUAACUAUUAAUGAUUUGAUGUUUACUAAAAAUUAAUUAGACAAGUGGGGUCUACUGGUACAACAAAUGUUUAUUAUUAGCUAUGGAUUAUGGAUGGCUGUGAUGCCUUACCCUUUACUCAUUUACUAAUAUUAUAAAUAUAUUUUAGAUAUUUAUAUGCAUUAUUCAUAUUCAUAGGCAUAGGGUUAGCUAUUAAUUUAUUAAUUUUAUUUUCAGAUGAGUUUCAGGGGUCGUGGUGGUAGGGGUUUUGGCAGAGGAGGUGGAGGUAAAUUUUAGGGUUACAAUUUAUUUUUAAAAUUCCAAAGACAAUCAUGCAGUCUUUAUAAAAGUGAACUAUAUAUAUUUAUUUGGAAUUAAUUCCAUUAACAUUAACUAACGUGUUAAGAAAUUUAACAAUUUAUUUGAAAACUAAUCUUUUUAAAUGUCUCCUGAAGUCAAACAGAUGUGCCAUUUAUUUAAAAGCAGAUAACAAUCUUAUUUAUUAUUACACAGGCAACAUUUUUUUAAAAAUGUGGUCGAAAUCUCUGCCAGUAGCCUACUUAUCUUUUUAAAAAAGAAGAAAUAUAAAUUAUACUAUGAUUGGCACAAGGUUAAGAGAUAAGAAAUAGGGUAAAGCGUCAUAAACCAUUUUUCUGUUAACCAUUUUAAGUUUUCUUUUUAUACAUCCCUUAAUAUCAAGUUUAAAUAUUUGUAAUUUGUUAAACACAUUUUUAAAAGAUAACUUAUGCUGAUUAUAUGGUAGAUUGUAAAGAUAAAGAUGGAUUCUAAAUAUUAUUUGUAGGUUUUCGUGGUGGCAGAGGUGGGGGUGGUCGUGGUGGAGGUGGAAACAGAUGGCAAGAUCAAGGUCCACCAGAAGAAGUAAUGGGUGAGAAUUUGUUUUAAGAUGCUUGCUAAUGAUUAUUGUUAGUAUAAAUAUAUGUUGUAAACCUCAAAUUCAGUAAAAAUGAUAUAUUUCAAUCGGUAAAUAGUGUAAUGCUUUAUUUUUCAGAAAUCGGCUACAUGACACACACAUGUGAAGAGGACUUGGUUAUCAAGAGUACUAAUGAUAAAAUACCAUACUUCAAUGCACCCAUUUACCUCCAAAAUAAACAACAAAUAGGAAAAGUUGAUGAAAUAUUUGGUCCAAUAAAAGAUUUUGUAUCCUUUAGAACAUGAGCCAAAAUUAAAUUUAGAUAUUAGGGCACUCAGUUGAGGUUUUUGGGAAAUAGAUAGUUGAGGUUGUUUUCUAUUUUAAAGUUAGCAAUUCAAUUCAAUGUAUGUAUCUACAAUUGAGACUACGUUACGUUUUUCUGUGGCCUUAUUGCCAUUAUUUUUUUUCUAGCAUUCUAUACUUUAUAGACUAUUAGACUUAGCUUGUAAUGUACUAUAAAUCAGUUGUUGUUUUUUUUGUUCCUAUUCUCAAUGUAAUUAUGAAAUUUAUAAAAGAGAUUGGGUAAGUAUGAAAUUGUUUAAGUUUAAAAAAUUAUAAGUUUCUUAACUAGCUUUCAGUAUUUUUCAGUAAAAUUAUCAGAUAACAUGAAAGCAGGAUCUUUUGAAAAAUCAUCAAAGGUAAAUUAUAUACUAAUUAUUAUUAAAAUUCAAUCUGAUUAAGAAGCUUAAAUUAACUGUUUGAAAUAGGCAAGUAAGGGAUUUAUUAAGCCUAGUGAAUAAAUGAAAAAAUAAUAUCUCUCUAUCAAUCUGAUCUUGUGUCCCUAAACAUUCCGGUAGUUUAUGUGUGAUUUAAUUCAUUUUUUUUUUUCCAGUUUUAUAUUGAUCCUGCCAAGUUGUUGCCAUUGGCUAGGUUUCUCCCUCAAGCUGGUCGAUCAAGAGGAGCUGGAAAAAGAGGAGGUAAAAUAUUUGUAGUUAUUCAAUAUGGCAGUGCUGUCCUGCCCGUGGGGGAGAGUUGGUCUCCAUCCUGUAUUGUUUUGACAUUGGGGAAAACUACCUGGAAUUAAGAGAUCAGAGUAUGAGACAUUCAAUGAGUAGAAAGCAGAAUGCAUACUGUGAUUGUUUGUAGUUAGUGCCAUUCAGUCAGGGAGGAAGUUUUCCUUUGAGAUGUCAUUUGCAGCCCUUGAGUGUCAGGAAAUAUUUUUUUUGGCCCACAUACCCGUUAGUCAAAAAGUUUGGUCAGCACUGCUAUAUGAAUUUAUCGUGUUAAAAGUCUUCUUUUUUGGUGCAAUUAAGGGCAACACUACUAAUGGUUAAUACACUUUGUGUUGACGCAAUCAUCGUGUGUUGUAUUAUUGACAAAUAGGUUAUCAGGUCGCAUUAUUAUUACCGGUAUUAUUAACCUUUUUAGAUACCAUUAAAAUGUACAGGUAAGGUUAAAAAUGUGUUAAAUUAUGAUGCACAGACAAUGGUGAUAAUGGGAGUACCUGUUGCCCCGGUUCCAUGAUGUUUUGGUCAUCCUACAUUUCUUCUGCUUACAAUAGCCUAUAAUCAGAUGACCAAUUAAAAAUCACUUCUUUGUUAUUACUCAUAACUCUAUUUGAUUACUGUGUAUGAGUACACUACAAUUUAUCCUUGGCGCAGAAAGAAAUGUAUGGAUUUAUUUAAAAUCUUAGAAUAAUACAAGCAGUGGGCUUUUAAUAGCAGUGUCAAUGAGUACUACAAUUUAUAAGAUUAGAUAGCUAUUCACAAAAAGAAAAAGGUAAAUCUAGACAUAUUAAUAUUACCCAUGUUUGGAAAAUUGGGAGGGUUGUGGGGUGUUAUAGAAAUUGUCUUUUUAAUUUCUUUAAUUGUCAAGUAUACAUUAAUGCUACAAUUAAUUUAAUUUUAUUCAUCCACAGGUUUUGACAGAGGACGUGGCAGAGGAGGAUUUGAUAGAGGCAGAGGUGGACGUGGUGGUUUUGAUAGAGGGCGUGGUG